AGGAGGGUUGCUAAGGAGUAUAUAUAUAGAUACAGUUACAUCCACUUGACAGAGAGAAGGAACGAAAGGAAUCGCGUGAGUUACCUGCUGAGCAUCGUUAGAAUAGAAGCAUGGACUGCACAGGGAAAAUGAUGCUGAUUGUUGUCUUCUGUCUUUCAACCUUCUUGCAGCAUGCAGCUGCUGCGGCCGUGUUCCCUUUUUCCACACUAUCAACGUAUAAUGCCACCAACAGGCAGAAGAUCGUAGAUACCCAUAAUGCCUACAGGAGAAGCGCCAAACCAACUGCAGCCAACAUGCUGAAAAUGAGUUGGAAUGCCAGGGCAGCAAAAACAGCUGAGAAUUGGGCACAAACAUGCAAUCAAUAUCACAGUCCACCAUCCUCCCGCCAGAUUACUAAUUUCACCUGUGGGGAAAAUCUGUUCAUGUCGUCCUAUCCGGCCUCUUGGGAGGAGGCGAUUGAAUCACUUCACAGUGAAUUUAAGAAUUUUGAAUACGGAGUAGGAGCCAAAGAUCGUGAUCUCGACAUAGGGCAUUAUACCCAGAUUAUGUGGUACAAAUCCUACCUGGUCGGAUGCCAUUGCACGGAAUGCCCUGUUGUUAAUGGCGGGACAUUUAGAUACUACUACGUUUGUCACUAUUGCCCGGCAGGAAAUAUUGCUGACACAAUAGAAUAUCCCUACAAAUCUGGCCCGGCGUGUAAGGACUGUCCAAACGCAUGUGAUAAUGGCCUAUGCACCAACCCCUGCCCAUAUGAAGAUAACUAUAGCAACUGCAAUGAUUUGGCAACUAAAGGUCAAUGUGAUAAAUACCAACUUGUAAAGGAAGGUUGUCCUGCUUCCUGUCUCUGCAAAAACAAUGAGAUAAUAUAAUCGCUUCUCUGGGCUCUCCAACUCAUCCGUUUAAAACGAAGCACCUGUAUCUAGUGGCUAAAAGCAAUUUAUUGAGGUGCAUUUUGCAAUUGAAUGCUAAUUAGCCAUUUAGAAAUAUGGAGCAAUAUAGGUGCCUUCUCUAAGGGGGUCAUUUAUUAAAGUCUGAAUGCCAAAAAUGCGAAAAAUUUGAGUUUUUGUAACUAUAAAAUCUACAUUUUUU